CUCUGGAGGCCCAGGAAUGAAUGCGUUCCAUUCACCGAUUUCUAGCAAGCAGAAAGUUUCAAGGAGAAGGAGCUGUUUUGUGCUGUUUGACCCCUUCCUACCUGGAAUGGAACAAAGCAUUGAACAGACGACGGAGGUCUUGUUGUGUCUGUCACCCGGAGAAGCUGCUGACCUGAAGGAAGGAAUCAAUUUCUUGAGAAACAAGAAGACCGGCAAAGAUUUCAUUCUGUACAAGAAUAAGAAUCGCGUGAGGGCGUGCAAGAACAUGUGCAAGCAUCAAGGAGGCCUGUUCAUAAAAGACAUCGAAGAUUUAGACGGAAGGUCUGUCAGAUGCACAAAGCACAACUGGAGGUUGGAUGUGAGCACCAUGAAAUACGUCAAUCCCCCAGGCAGCUUCUGUCAAGACGAACUAGUUGUUGAAAUGGAUGAAGAAAAUGGACUUUUACUUCUAGAACUGAAUCCUCCCAAUCCCUGGGAUUCAGAACCCAGAUCUCCUGAACAUUUGGCUUUUGGAGAAGUGCAGAUCACGUACCUCACCCACGCCUGCAUGGACCUCAAGCUGGGAGACAAGAGGAUGGUGUUUGACCCCUGGUUAACGGGUCCUGCGUUCGCCCGAGGCUGGUGGCUGCUGCACGAGCCUCCGUCUGAUUGGCUGGAGAGGCUGUGCCAGGCAGACUUGAUUUACAUCAGUCACAUGCACUCAGACCACCUGAGUUACCCCACACUGAAGGAGCUGGCUGGGAGAAGACCGGAUAUUCCCAUUUACGUUGGAAACACGGAAAGACCUGUAUUUUGGAAUCUGAAUCAGAGCGGUGUCCAGUUGACCAAUAUCAAUAUAGUGCCGUUCGGAAUAUGGCAGCAGGUAGACAAAAAUCUUCGAUUCAUGAUCUUGAUGGAUGGCGUUCAUCCUGAGAUGGACACUUGCAUUAUUGUGGAGUAUAAAGGUCAUAAGAUACUUAAUACAGUGGACUGCACUAGACCCAAUGGGGGAAGGUUGCCUGAGAAGGUUGCUCUAAUGAUGAGUGAUUUUGCUGGAGGAGCAUCAGGCUUUCCGAUGACUUUCAGUGGUGGAAAAUUUACCGAGGAAUGGAAAGCCCAAUUCAUUAAAGCAGAGAGGAAGAAGCUCUUGAACUACAAGGCCCGGCUGGUGAAGGACCUACAACCCCGAAUUUAUUGCCCCUUUGCUGGGUAUUUUGUGGAAUCUCACCCAUCAGACAAGUAUAUUAAGGAAACAAACAUCAAAAAUGACCCAAAUGAACUCAACAAUCUUAUCAAGAAAAACUCUGAUGUGGUAACGUGGACCCCACGGCCUGGAGCCACUCUCGAUCUGAGUCGGAUGCUAAAGGACCCGACAGACAGCAAGGGCAUCAUAGAGCCUCCAGAGGGGACCAAGAUCUACAAGGAUUCCUGGGACUUUGAACCCUAUUUGAACAUCUUGAAUGCUGCUGUAGGAGAUGAGAUAUUUCUUCACUCAUCCUGGAUAAAAGAAUACUUCACCUGGGCGGGAUUUAAGGAUUACAACCUGGUGGUCAGGAUGAUUGAAACAGAUGAGGACUUCAGCCCUUUUCCUGGAGGAUAUGACUAUUUGGUUGACUUUCUAGACUUAUCCUUUCCAAAAGAGAGACCAAGCCGGGAACACCCGUAUGAGGAACUCUCCGUGUCUCCUAGAUGCAUGGCCACUGCAGUCCACCUCCUCCUGCUCCAAUCUGGAUGAGCUCCUCUGGGUCUCUACAGAUCUGUCACCCUGCGACGUCCCUUACCUGCCUCCAGACCCCGGCCAGGUCCCAACCUUCUUUGCUUUUACACUUUCUGCUUAAGUCACUGCCACAGAAGGGAUGCGUGGGAGCUGAACUUUACAUAGUUUCCUGCCUCGCGUCGCAAGGCAGUUUAGCCGAGCGCACGACGCUGGCUAGCAGGUUACCUUGCGUGGACGUGGAGGGCGUUGCUCCUUUGGCCUCUCCCCGUGUGCCCCGCUGCUUACCGCAGGCUGAUCUUUCUUCCUUUGUAAGUGACUUUGGACAAGUAAGGGAUUCAUCUGUAUUUACCAGUGACAAGACCUUUCCCCAGCUGGUGUAGGGCUCUCUGUGCCUGUAUAGGACUUGUCAUCGGCGGGCUUUACCUAAAGUCAGGGAUCACAUGCUUCAGUGCUCACCGCUGGCUCAAGGCAGGUUGGAAACAGGAGAGCAGGGUGGGGACUAUCACGUGGAAGGGGGCAGCGCCUGAUGAGCCCCAGCUGAUCGGAAUAUUCCAGAGAACUCGGAAGCCUGGAUUUUUAUGUGAAAUACCCAGAUUUACGAAUGAGCACAAAACUAACUCAGUUUGUUAAAAAGGGACCGCGGGCUCUAUGACCCGCGAGCUAGGCUGUUUGGUCAGGGGGUCACCAGUUUAAGUUAUGGGGGUGAACAGCUAGCUGUUAGGUCGGGGGUCCCCUAAGCUCCAAAGUGUGGAGCUCCUGGCUUUGGGACAUCACGAGGAAACCACCCCCUUGGGCUCCCGCCAGAAUCCAUUCCAUUUACUCAGAGAACUGUCUGAAGGUAUUCAGUGAGAACAGCGCGUAGGGCCAUAGGAACAGGUCAGCGGUUGCAUGUACGUCAUGCUGUGUGUCCUCACAUCGCCCUUGGGACCCACCUCUGCCCCCUGCACGUCUGGACGCCCCUCCCCACGCGCUCUGGGACUCUGCAGACUCUGUCUUUGGUUGCCCCUCAUCAGCCUACAUUCCAGAUUGAAGUUAGUUGAAAUCUCUUGCUGGUCAACGACUCCCUUUGUUUCCUGUUCCGUGACAGCUGAUACCUGUAUACGUGCGUUGUGAACACGCUGGUUGGGCCUGAGAGUGCACAGAACACAGGUGGUUUAUUGCGCGUGACCGGUCCAUCUUUUCAAACUGAAGUCCUUUCUCCAUUCCUGUGACUCUGCCCCUGGGGUUUUUUCGCUUCCCGACUCUUCUCCUGCAUUCUUCCAGGGCCUCUCUUUCUCCAGGCAUCACUUAAAGUUCUUGUUUCCCCCCUGGGGUUCUGUGUUCAAAUCAUUCUUCCUCCCGCGCCUCCUCCUGGGCGAUCUCGUCUGCUGGUACCGCGUCUCCGCUAAUGAGUCCAAAAUCUGUAUGUCCUGCCCCACAACACGCUCGGGCUUGAGAUUCUUUCCAGUCAGCGGCCCGCCCGAUAUCGCCACCCCAUCUCCAAAUCCUCAUCACCUCCUUUUCAACCUGUUCAAACUCCAGCUCAUCCUCUUCCUUCUCUAGAACCGCUCUUUCUUUUCUGGAUUUUUGGCAGCACUGACCCCCGACGAUGAGCCACGCUUGACACGGUGGCCCUUUCCCUCACCCCCAAAACUCAUCAGUCACCAGGACCUUCCCAUCUGUACCCCAAAUCCUUCUCAGUUGUGUCCCCCGGUCUUCUGUGUGCUCUUCUCCAGAUUGAAAGGUUAGAAAGGCCAUCUCCUUGUCUGGUAUGAGGAACGAGACCUCAGGCUCACGAGGGGCAGGCUCAUCCCGGCCCAACUGCAGUCACGUUUCUAAAUCUUCUGGUGGAAGAACAGAGCCGCUGAGCUGUGUCCGCGCUCACAGCGGAUGUCAUCUUUUUGGAGGGAAGGUGCAGGCGAGACAAGUAAACCACGGUGUCCAUCUCGUCACCCUACGUCACGUAAUGGCGUGUCAUUUCCGGAAGUUGGCGUCUAGUGGCUUCCGUGUGCUGUUUCCCAGGGACAAAUCCGACGCCCGAUACCGAGAAAGCUCCUGGUGACCUUUAGCGCUGGUGCGGCUGCCGUGUCGAAGCCACCGCGGAUCUUUGCACACUUCUUUUUAUAAAUGAUAUCAGUUUUUUCUCCCAACAGUCCUGUAAGAGAGGAAACUGAGGCUGAGCCAGGUUAAGGUCACCUGAGUAGUAAGCCCUCGGCUGACGCUCCAAACCAUCUCUGCUUGUCUGCUAAUCCUGAACUCUUCUGACGCCUGCCCCGAGCUUCCGUGUCGGGAGUUGAGAUUCUCGAAAGGGAAGGGCCUGACCCCCUACCUGAGGUGGUCUUGCUGUGAGGCAGGCCCGAAACCCGCAGACGGCCGGAGACCCGGACGCUCGGCUGUGCCGCAGAAUGUUCCGGCGGGAGACUGGAACGCGCCACUUUGAGAAUAACACUGUAGCGCCCACUUGUGCGGAAAGCUUACCGUGCAGCAGGAGUCUUGGAUGUGCGUCAACUCAGUUAAUCUCACAGCCACCCUCGGAGGAGGGUUCCGUCAUCUGCGUUCUGUAGAUGAGGAGACUGAGGCACAGAGCGGUUGCUAAUUCCACACGCUGGAACGUGGAUUUCGAGCCAGCGAUGUGACUGUGCCACGAGGCUUGCUUCCCCAGCUCCAGAUCCCUUUCCCGUUUCCUUCCCUCACUUCCUGCUGAGCUCAGGUCCCUUCUCUCCAACCAACCCCCCACCCACACCCCGGCCUGUGACAUCUACUGUGACUGCCCGGGUCCCUGCCGUCCCAGACAGCUG